AUGGCAGCCAUUCCACGAGAAGAACCAUUGUUGGUUCCACCUCAACAUUUCUCCGAUGACCAAUCUUUCCAUGCUGAAGAAGAAGACGCUUUAUUAACUGGGGAGCGAGCACAACGCAAGCACGCGGAACGGCGGGGUUGGAGCUUCUGGAAAGAGAUCGGGUUACUCGCCUGGGCCGUAAUCGCCACUAUCCUAGUGAUCAUCCUCGGAGUCGUCUAUCAACAUGAAGCCUCCAAACCAAACCAGGCCUCCAAAGACACCUGGGGCCCGGGCGGGAAGCCGUCCGGAAAACGCAACCUGAUCUUCAUGGUCUCGGACGGCAUGGGCCCGGCCAGUCUUUCCAUGACCCGAAGCUUCCGCCAGUACACCGAAGGAUUGCCGAUCGAUAAUACUCUGAUCUUGGACCAACACUACAUCGGCACAUCUCGGACUCGAUCCAGCUCUAGCCUGGUGACGGACUCGGCAGCGGGAGCAACUGCGUUCUCGUGCGGUUUCAAGAGCUACAAUGGAGCUAUCUCGGUACUUCCGGAUCAUACACCGUGUGGAACUGUUCUGGAAGCUGCUUCGUUGGCGGGAUACAAGACUGGACUGGUUGUCACGACCCGGUUGACUGAUGCGACACCGGCGUGCUUCGCGUCGCAUGCCAAUCUGCGGCAAUAUGAGGAUAGCAUUGCGGAACAAGAAGUUGGGGAGAACCCACUGGGCCGGGUUGUUGAUCUCAUGCUGGGUGGUGGACGGUGCCACUUCUUGCCCAACACGACCAGUGGCAGUUGCCGAGCUGAUGACCGUGAUAUCGUCGAGGUUGCCUCCAAGAAUGGGUUCAAUCUCGUGAAAGAUAGGGCUGGGUUUGAUGCGCUGAAUGGUGGCACCCAAGCCAAGUUGCCACUACUGGGUCUCCUUGCCGAGACGGACAUUCCUUAUGAAAUCGACCGCCGCUCGCAGAAUGACGUGUACCCGUCCUUGGAGGAGAUGGCUCGCACUGCCCUGACAGCAUUGAGUGAGGCGACCAAGGACAGUGAGCAUGGCUUCUUCUUGAUGAUCGAGGGUUCGCGUAUCGACCAUGCUGGCCACGGCAAUGAUCCCGCUGCGCAAGUCCACGAGGUAUUGGCCUAUGACAAAGCCUUCGCUGCUGUAGUUGAAUUCCUGGAGAAGGACUCCACCCCAGGAGUUCUUGUGAGCACAUCUGAUCACGAGACCGGUGGUCUGGCAACAGCCAGACAGCUUCACACGUCUUACCCACAGUACCUCUGGUAUCCGGGUGUUCUGGCGAACGCCAGCCACUCUUCGGAGUAUGCCGCCGCUAAGCUCAGUGAAUAUUCCGCAGGAGCUGGAAAGCUGGCAAAUGAGUCUGAGAAGAAGGCGUACAUUCGUCAAACUCUCUUGGAGAAGCAUCUUGGUAUCACCGAUGCCUCGGACGAAGAGGUGAAAGCCCUUCUCCACCCCCAGCCUGGACUUUCACCUGGUUACGUUUUUGCCGAUAUUGUCAGCCGUCGCUCGCAGAUUGGUUGGUCCACUCAUGGACAUUCUGCCGUCGAUGUCAACAUAUACGCAUCAUCCACCAAGGAUGCCUGGCCCUUGGUAGGGAACAAUGAAAACACCGACGUGGGAAAUUUCCUUGCCAACUACCUCGGUGUCGAUGUCAAAGAUGCCACCAAACGCCUCCAGGCUUCAGCCUCCUGGAGAGUAUCCUCCGACGAAGUCUCCACUCAAUCAGACUACCACUGGAUGGGAGACCCACUGGGCUCAGAUGUACGAGCAGAUGGCCUUGACACAUACCAUGGAGACUUCAAGAAGCGCUCCUUAGAUGAUUGUGGAUGUGGCGGACUCCACUAA